GCGUGAGGUUGGUAUCGGAGCCGACACGUGUCAGUUCUGAUGAUAGUACAGCCGGGGCGCCGCCAGCUGAUUGCACAGGAGCACAUCGCGCCGAUCGUGCAAUUGGCGGACGAUCUCUCGCCCGACAUCUAUUCACAGAGUGACGACAAUCCUGCUCCGCACGUUCUCGAGCGAUCAUUGGAUCCAUAUCUUCAGUGGACUGCGUGCUUGGAGGAGCCAAGGGACAUACAUACGUUGCCGUCGCGGCAGGAGUAUCUGAAGCCGUACGAUAUCAUCCCUCACGCCUUCUAUCCGAGGGCAGAGGAAGUGGUGAUCGAYGGCGAUGAAGAAGAGGACGAAGACGAGGAAACAUCGGAGGAGGGAAGCUAUAGCGAAUAUAGCGAGGGCGAGCUGAGUGAAGAAGAAGAGGAGGAAGAAGAAAUCGGAUCUGAGUGGGAGGCCUUGCCGGAGGAAGCGACGAGCACGGGAACGGAGGUGGAAGAUCCGGAAGAGGCGCGAAAGCGCGAAGAAAUUGCCACCGGGAAGCGCCAGCUGGAGUUCGCCAGCGAAACCAGCCUGCGCAUCGGUAACGAUCCGACCAGGGAUCCAGAGCCGCCAAAGCCCGAAGAUGGCGACCCUGCAGCCGCCACCUCAAGUACUGUGCGACGGAGACGGAGUCGAUCCCCCUCCUCCCCCAGCCCCACCCGUCCCUCAGUUCGCCCACGUACAGAUGCGGGCGAUAGGCCUUCGUCCUCGGAUGCUAUCCCGCCGACCCCUUGAUUUUCUCACCCUCGAACAGAUCCGCGACCUGU